CCUAAGCCCCGUCGACCGUUCGGUCCAAUUCAGCAUCCAAACUCCGAUGCCAAAUCUAGAAACCCUAGCCUCAAAAUCCUAAAACCCUUAAACCACUCUACCCUCAUCAUUGGAACCCUGACGCUACCCUCUUACGUUAGCAAUACUUCCACAAUCAAAUGCAAUUGCUUUCAGCUAUCUGAUGAUUCCGCGGCCGUUUGCUGCGACAUUUUGAAUUUUGACAUUACAACUAUUGGUCGAAAAAUUCGAAUCCUUGCUUGGAAUUUUAUUCCUUUAAAACGUGGAAAUGGGAGUGAGAAAGGUGGGUAUCUGGAAAUUGUUAGCUGGGAUUUUUUGGAAUCUCUUAGUGGGAAAAUUUUUUCUUUCUCUAGUUUUAAUUCGUUUAGUAUUGAUACGGGCUCCCCUAUGGAUCUUAAAAAUAAUUCAAAUGCUAAAUAUUCGGUUUUUGGUGUGGUAGAGUCCAUAAGCCCUGUUUCGAUUGUUCCAUGUACAGCCUGGGAAAGUAGUACAAGUAAUAUUAGGGGCUUUCUUGUAAAUGUUUUAAUUUGUGAGUGCAAGGUUUGUAGUUCAAAAAUCUUGGCGUCAGGAUUGGAUGAUUUGAGUGAGAAAAAUAGGAAAGAUCAUUGUUUUAUCAAGCCAGUGAUUGUAUACUUUUGUGGGUUGGCCUCGUCAUGGCAUCCUGUCAUUUCGAGAUUUUCUGGGGGCAUUACUUUGUUUUCAGGGUUGAAGAAGAAGUUGGUAUUUGUAGGGAAAGAUCAAUCCCACUUAAUGUAUGUGACAACAGACAAAGCAUCAUUGCAUGUUCCUAAAUUAUUGAAGAAAUGGAGUUCAUUUCAGAAUACUGAUAUAAGAGGGAAGGGUGAAUUUGGUAGCUAUUCGGGGAUUGUUACGGGCGUUUACAUGCACGGUAUGGUUGUUGAGCUGGAUCAAAAGGUGAUGCUAUUGCUAACGGACCAGCAGCUCACUGUGCCACACAGUCUCAGAGUUGGUUCUGUUGUAUCUCUGAAGAAAGUCCAUUUUGUGAAUCCUAAAUUUCCUUGGGCAAAGAUGUUCAUACUUGGCGCUUGCUCUAAGACAAGCAUUUGUGUAGAGUCAUUCUCCCCACUAGAAACUGGAUGCCACUUGAAAUCAUGCUCCCAGAGCCUCCUUCAAAAGUUCAUAGACUCCUUGUCUUUUUUAGCCAGACUAUGGGUUUUACUUGUCAUCUCUUGUUUUAGGAAAAAGUUUGCUGGCAUUUUAUCUGAGAAGGAUAUCAUAGGGUCUAAACAUAAGCUAGGAUUGGCUCAAAGAUAUACUAAUUCAUAUUUGCCACUAUCAGCAUUUCAACUUCGGCAUGGAGUUUUUGUAGAAUUCUGCAAGCAUGACUGUUGUUCUUGUGCUAAGGAAGCAAAGUACAGGUCCUUAAAACUGGUCCCACCAAUUUCUAGUUUAAUCAGUUCUUUUGAGGCAACAUGGAAGAAGAUGCUCUAUGACAGGAAAAAUUGUUCAGGUUUUGUGUCAAACACCAAUCAGAAAAAUUCUAUAUCCUGUGGUGGGAGUUUUUAUGCACAGUCGGUGAGAAGAAUCUUGCGCGCUGAAGAAAUCGGUGUUAUUAUGCUCGGCAUUUUAAAGGUCUCAAUCAAUUGCAAUUUUGUUCGUCUGAAAUUGCUUUGUGCUCUUUCUUUACAUGGCAUAUGACCUUU